UGCUGUCAAAAGUACAUCUUGAAACCGGAUUACGUAUCUCCUGGUGGUCGUUUUCUGCUAAGUAAGGUUACAGUACAGGGCGUUUCAGCUUGGCUCUGUACUGGAUGACGUUUGUGGCGGCUGAGCCUAAGGUAGAGUCUGAGGAGGAUGGUAAGGUUACUGUUGUAACAUCUGAGUGAGGGAGAGACCUCCAAACGCAAACAAAUCGACUGUGACCCUUCCCAACUGCCCAACAAGGUUACGAAGAUUGGCAGAGUUGAUGCAUGGGGCCAUGGAAAAUCCAAACACCAAUGUCUCUCAUUCACUACAUGUCUUGGCUCACAAAUCAGACAUGUGAGUUCCUCAAUGAUCUGUGGUAUGUCUUCUGUUUGUACUCCCACAACGUCGCUGCUAAGGGAAAAUUCAUCGCAUUUGUGUCGACAGAUGCAGAGACUGAGAACCCUCAAACCGAACUAAAGGCUGGAAUUGAUCUUUUGUGUCCUGUUGAUGAGAUAUUCUUCUACCUGUAUGAUAGAUACAAGUCUCUCAACGUGCCAUCUUGGGGCAACUGCUUUAUAUCAACGAGCUAUGAUGCUACAGCACACUUCGAGACAACUGUUGCUCAUUUGUUGAACAUGUAUACCCUAAUCACUAAAUGUUCUGACAUUCUUCACUACGGAUGUAUGUUAGAUGCGAAUUGA